UUUCCUUACCUAAAUCUCAGACUUACACAGGUACCAUUCUCGUUGCUGUGAACCCGUACAAAGAACUCGACAUUUAUGAAACGAACUGGGUGUAUAAAUAUAGUGGACAGAAGAUUGGAUACAAUGAACCUCAUGUGUUUGCUAUUGCUGAAGCUGCCUACAGCAGUCUUCAGUCUAUGGCUUGUGACCAAGCUUGUGUUAUUAGUGGAGAGAGUGGAGCAGGCAAGACAGAAAGUACCAAAUUCAUUCUUCAGUACCUGUGUACAGUCACAACAAAUAUUUCCACGUGGAUAGAACAACAAAUUCUAGAAGCCAAUACUAUCUUAGAAGCUUUUGGUAAUGCAAAAACAGUUCGUAAUGACAACUCCAGUAGGUUUGGAAAGUUCAUUCAAGUUUGUUUUGACUCACGAUAUCAAAUCAAUGGGUGCAUAAUUCAAGAUUACCUUCUAGAGCAGUCUCGUAUCACAUUUCAAUCCCAAGAGGAGCGCAAUUACCAUGUAUUUUACCAGUUUGUUGCUGGAGCCCAGAAAAAUGCAGAGCUCUGUGAACGUUUUAUGGUUGGGCCUCCUGAAUCAUAUACCUACCUUAACCAAAGUAGUUGUAUCAAAAUUAGUGGUGUGGAUGAUGCUGCCAUGUUCGAUUCACUGCGUCUAGCCAUGUCAGUGCUUAGUGUUCCUUAUGAAAUGUGUGAUGGAAUCUUUAGUGUUCUCAGUGCUAUAUUGUGGUUAGGAAAUCUUCAGUUUUCCGAUGUGGAUGGAGAAAGGUGUGAAUUAACACUAGCUGAUGAAGAUGUAAUUAUGACAGUUUCAACAUUAUUAGGAGUGGAGACAGAGGGGUUAACUCAAGUUGCUCUCCAGCGACAAAUCAAUGUUCGAGGGAAUGUAACUGAAAUUCCAUUUAAACUAAAUGAGGCUCAAGAUAACAGGCAUGCCAUGGCUAAGGCUUUGUAUUCUCGAACAUUUGCUUGGAUUGUAAACUUCAUCAAUACUUGUACAAAUCCAGGUCAAGACAGCAAAAGAUUUUUAGGAGUUUUAGAUAUCUUUGGUUUUGAAAAUUUUACUGUGAAUAGUUUUGAACAGCUUUGUAUCAACUUUACCAAUGAAAAACUCCACAAGUUCUUUAACCACUAUGUGUUUGCUUUAGAACAAGAAAUAUACAGGCAAGAGGAGAUUGCAUUCUCUCACAUCUCUUUCACGGACAAUUCAGCCUGCCUUGAACUACUAGAAAAGCCGCCAAAAUGCAUACUACGACUGCUAACAGAAGAGUGUAGGAUACCAAAGGGAACAGACUGUAGCUAUGUCAACAAACUCCAUCAAGAGUUUGAAGGCCAUUCUAAUUAUAUUCGUGGUGAAGAUCGUAGGCGUUGGGAUUUGGAAUUUGGGAUCAAGCAUUAUGCUGGAGAAGUUAUUUACAGAGUGGAUGGUUUCCUGGAGAAAAACAAAGAUGUCCAACAGGAUCAGUUUUUUGAACUAAUGCAGAUGUCUUCCAAUGUUUUUGUUCAAGAACUUACCAAGUUUCAGGACUUACUAGGAGUCACCAUAGCAAGGUUAGGCAGUGGAACAAGCACUAUUUCUCGCACAUUGACCAAAGGUCGUCCAACAGUUGCAGAUGCUUUUAGAUAUCAACUAACUGCUCUAGUAGAUCUUUUACAUUCAACAAAUCCUUGGUAUGUUCGUUGCAUCAAACCAAACACAAAAAAAAUUCCAAAUAUGUAUGAUUCAGAACAAGUACUGCUGCAGCUUCGAUACCUAGGAAUGUUAGACAUAAUUCGGAUCAGAAGAGAAGGUUUUCCAAUCCAUCUUUCUUUCAUGGAGUUUCUUCAGAGGUAUCGUUGUUUGGUUCGGAAUGUAGAUGCGACAACAGAAUAUUAUGAAAUAAUAGAGAUAAUACUGAAAAGUACUGAUGUGGCCAUAUCAGAAUGGCAAAUUGGAAGAUCAAAGGUAUUUUUAAGGGGAAGUAUGCAUGAACCUUUAGAAGAUAAAAGAAAAAUCUUAGUGAAAGCUAUGGCUAUUGUUAUACAGAAACACUGGAAAAGAUUUGUCCAGAGAAAAGUGUUUCUUCAACAUCGUCAAGCAGCUGUGACAAUUCAGCGAUACUUCCGGGGCCACAGGCAGCGAAUACAAUUCAUUUGGAUGAAACGAGCAGCGAUAACCAUUCAGGCUUUUGUACGAGGUAUGUUUGCUAGAGAAGUUGCAGCGGCUCUGCGUGAGAUGCGUCGAGUUGAAGCAGAGAUGAGAAAGAAAGAGCAGGAAGAAGAAAAGAAACGCAGGUUAGAAGAAGAACAGAGAGAGUUGGAAGCUGAGCAAAAAGAACAAGAAAAGCUAGAACUAAAAGCUACAGAUGGAACUUCAAGUUUGCAAAUGGCUAAAGAACAAGGGGCUACACAAGAACUUGCAACUAUUACUAGUUUGGUGGAAAAAAAUGUUCGACGUGCUCAAGAAACUUCAGAAUGUUUGGACCUUGAUGAGAUGUUUUCAUUUCUUAGUGAUGUUCAGGAAAGCCAUGCCAAUAUGGAGGAUGUCAUAAUUGAAACAGAAGAACAAACAGAUGCUUUACUCAAAGAUCUGAAUGAGCAUUCAACUAAUUUGGAACAAACAAAACUUGUUCUAUCCCCUGAGAAGUCCCCUCGUUCAAGUCCACCACCUCCACCUGUCUUAGACAUACCUACUUGUCAGUCGUCAGAACCAGCACUUUAUGUUAACAUCACUACCUUGACAAAAACGUUUCCCCAGUCCUCUUUAUUAUCACCAAUUUCUCCUUGUGACAAAACUGGUAGUAAUAUGGAAGUGUCCAAACAUCUGGUCUCUCCAGAAUCAACCAGUGACAUAAAAAGAGAGCUUUCUCCUUCUCUUUCAUCAGAACUGCCUACUGAAAAUCAAGAAGACUGGUCUAUAGCAAGGCCAGCUGUAGAAUCAUGGGUAUAUGGCAUGAAAAGUCAACAGAAACCUAGUGGGAAUAAACAUUCCAUUCAUGUCACAGAAGCAGAAGGUCAGGAGAGAGAGAUCAGGAGAAAACAACGUGUUGAGAAAAGGCUAAAUGAAAUAGAAGCAGAAGAUGAUCAGACUGGCAUGUAUCAUUUUGAUAUGAUUGAGUUUGCAGAAAAGUUUUUUAACUUCCAUGAGCGAGAUGUUGGUGGAACUAUGAUGAGGACUCUUAGUUGGCGACGAAAGUCAACUGGGGAUAUAAUACCAAAGUAUGAAAUGGUGACAUAUACACGCAGUACUAGCAUCCCAACCUCUCAUGUUCAAAUACAUGACCCAGAAAACAUUGCUAUUGCUUGUUCCAUAUUUAAGGAUUUGAAUAAAUACUUACGAGGAGAUCUAAAGCCAGAAGGUGAGAUACAAGUUAUACAAAGUAUUAUAGGCUAUGGAAUUGAUCGGGAAGAACUAAGGGAUGAAAUUCUAGCCCAACUAGUCCGUCAGUCAACUAAUAAUCCUAGCAGGGAAGCCACCUUUCGAGCUUGGAUUCUCAUGUGUCUUUGUGUAGUUGCCUUCUAUCCCAGCAAGACAUUUGCUAAAUAUUUCUAUUGCUUCCUAAGAAAUAACUAUCGAGGGGACCCUAGCAUUGCUAGAUAUGCUCAGUGGUGUAUAGAGAACUUACAUAGUACAAAAGUCACUGUACGAAAGAUGCCACCGUCAUCCUUGGAAAUUUCUGCUGUAAGAAAUAUGAGUAACCUGGUGUGUCGAUUUUACUUUAUGGAUGGAAAAACUAAGGCAAUAGAUCUACACCCUUCAGAUACUGCUACUGAUGCCAUGCAGAAAUUAGCAUUUAAGAUUGAUCUUAAGUCAUUAGAUGGAUGGGCUUUAUAUGAGGUAAAUCCUGAUGGCGAGCGAGUGAUAAAGGGAUAUGAGUACCUGGCAGACAUUAUUUACCAAUGGGAAAUAUGUCAUAGAACUUCAGCUACUUUGACAAAGUACACAACUUUAUCAAGAAAGGGACCAAAGGAAGCUCUUGGAAGUGGUGAAUGUCAGUUUUUGUUUCGUAAAAGGCUCUUUCGUUCUUCAAGAGAAAUCCCACAGGAUCCAAUUGAGGUUGGUCUACUGUAUGCUCAGGCUGUUCAUAGUGUUGUCAAGGCAGAUGAUUUUCCUGUUACUGAAAAAAUAUCCCUCCAGUUGGCAGGUCUUCAGGCUCAGGUUAUCUUGGGAGAACCACAGCUAGGAAAACUUGAAAAAUAUUCUCAUGUGGAAAGCUAUGUGUGUCCUCGUAUAUGUAAAGCAAAAAAAGAUGUUGACUGGAUGAGAGAAAUAGCUGAGGCUCAUAAGGUUUAUGGAAGUGGAAAAUCUGAGUUAGUUGCCAAAGUUUGGUACUUGUCUGUAGUCAUGCAGUACCCUCUGUAUGGAACGGCUUUGUUUCGAGUGGUCUACAAAGGAUAUUUAUCUUAUGGCCAUCAGUUGUUAUUAGGUGUGAAUGCUGAAGGAAUUUUGAUGAUUAGCCCUGAGGACAAGAAUAUAUUGAAUGCAUACCGUUAUUGUGAUAUUGAUUCUGUUAUGGUGGACCCCAGUGAUGAUAUGAUUUCCAUCAACUUGUUAAAGAGCUUACCUGACACUCACAAGUGUUUUAGUUUUGAAACCUUUCAGAAAUAUGAAGUAGCCAGUCUCAUUGCAAGCUAUUCACCAGUCCAUGCCAGUUGGUUGAAACCGACUUAUGAACUAGGAAGAAAGAUAAAACUAACUUUUGAGGAUAGACAAAAAUUACACCAUGAUGUCAUCAAUUGUCGCCGCACAAUAGUAAACAGUGGAAUGUUGCGGAAACCUCAAAAUGAAAAUAUUGGGAUCUUCAGAAGUACCUUACGAAGGAUCAGCCGCAGCAGGCUAGAAAAAUUACGGCAGGAGCUUGGCGACACUGAUUCAUUCCGCCACAGCUACUGGUCUUUUACCAAAGUGCAGAUUCCACUUAGCCUAUUAAUAAUCUCUGAUCAGGAAAUGGAAAUUGCAGCAACAAGAGUGUUUGCUUCCAUUUUGUCUUAUUCUGGCCUGUUAGAAGAUGAAAGAGCAGAAUGGACUGGAGAUACAGAUCCCACACUUAUGGCACAGUUGAUAUUAGGUACUUGUAUGAAGAAGGAAAUACUAUUAAAUGAAUUAUUUCUUCAGUUGAUCAAACAGACAACUGAUCAUCCAGAUCCCAACAGUCGUGUGAAUCUUCGAAACUGGCAGCUUAUGGCCUUAGCCUGUAGUGUAGUAGCUCCUCGUGAAAGACGGAUAUUGAGCUAUCUUCAGGCUCAUCUGAGACGCUGUGCUAUUGAUGAAGUUACUGAGGAAGGCCAGUUUGCUCAAUUUGCAAUUAAGUCUUUAACUCGCACCUUAGAGACUCGAGGACGAAAAUGGCCUCCAUCUUCACACGAGAUUGCUUUCACCAUUAGCCGUCAUUCAAUCCACACCCGUGUGUAUUUUCUAGAUGGACAAUACCUGACUGUAGACUUUGAUCCUUGUGCUUGUAUGGAGGAGGUCUUAGAAAAAGUGAAGAUGAAAAUUGAUUUAAGACCAGAUGUUCAAGGAUAUGCUUUGUAUGAUGUAAUGGGUAACUCAGAACGAGCUUUACAACCAAGAGAAAAAGUUGCAGAUGCUAUAUCAAAGUGGGAACGGUGGCAUAAAGCACAAGGAAAAAGUGUAGUUUCCAAACAGCACCACUUUAUCUUAAAGAAACACGUAUUUCUAGAUUCAUACAUUAACUUGAAUGACCCUGUGGAAAAAGAAUUACUCUAUUACCAGGUGGUGCACAAUAUUCAGCAUGAUCGUUUUCCAGUUACACACCAGGAAGCACUUAUGUUGUGUGCCAUAAAAGCACAGUUGGAAGUGGGAGAUUUCCAAGAAGGUCUUGCAGAUUACCGGAGCAUUAUGGCAGAUUGCCUUCCACCAAGACUGCUUACUACCAUUCCACCAGAAUCUGUGGUGAUACAACAUCAAAUCCUUGCUGGAAUGGAUGUUGACCAAAGUAAACAAGCAUUUUUAGCUCUAGUACAGUCAUGGCCUCUCCACUGGGCAACCAUUUUCGAGGUUACACAAUCGUAUACGUCAUCUUGGCCAAAGGUUCUAUGGUUGGCAGUUGAUCAAAUAGGAAUCCACUUAUUGGAACUACGUAGCAGGAGCAUUCUGAGCACCUGUGAAUAUCAGAACAUUAUCAACUACAGUCCUUCACAUAACUCCCUAAUGAUUGUGACAGGAUCUGGUCGUAAAGGUUGCAAGUAUAUCUUCACAACAAAUCAUGCUGUACAAAUAGCACACCUGAUACGAGAUUAUGCUAAUGCUCUAGUCAAGGAACAUCGUCCCCUACAAAUUGAACGACGACGUAAGAUGCAGGAGCUAGCUGCAGAUCCAGACAGUCAGAGAACACGACCUGUAAGCAUACUGUUCAAACUUGCACCCUCUCUUUCAGUGCAAGAUCUUGCCUGACUGAGAAAGAAAAAUAGGUUAGGAAAUUAACGAAAGUUUGGAAUAUGUCUGUUUAAUGCUUCUUGGUGCCUUUUGGACAUUUGGAUGAUUUUUAGAAAAUUGUAAGCUAAAUAAAUUGAAAACCAUGUUUAUGCUGAGAAUAGAGUUUGAAGUAUACAGUUGAGCCAUUCGGAUAGAAAACUAUUCGUGCAUCUUUUUUUGGGGAACAGAAUUGUCCUCCUGAAUAAAAACUAUUAACAUGAGUUUUUAUAUUGUAUCAGUGAAUACUGUGAAUGUUUAGGACAUUAUAGGAAUUGAAAAUGUGUAGUUUUAUUACAUCUGCAAAAGCAAAUACUGACAUGCUGUUGCCACUUUCUGAGUAAAUACAAAUAAUGAUGUUGUGAUUAUAUCAUGCUUGUAAAAUAUUACCAUCAAGGGUUCAUUUUAUAAUAUAAUUUUUAACAUGAUUCAAGUUCUAGUCAAAAAUCAACAUCUAAUUAGUUAACGUUUUAUACACAUUUAUCAGCACAUACAUAAAGAUCUUGGAACUUUAUAGCUUCUAGUUUAAGCAAGAUAGGGUAUAUGUUUUCAAUAGAUUUAUAUCUCCUGAACAUUAAAUUUUAAAUAAUACACAAGACAUUUACAUAAUUUGCUUAAAAAUACUGAAAUUAUACGUGUGGAUUUUAUUUUGUGUCCCACCGGAAACAUAUUAUACAAUAUUUAAUGUAGCAAAAUGUCAUCUACUAGCUGUUCAGUAUGAGAUUAGAUAUUAUAUAUAUACUUUGGUUGAUAAUCAGUACAAAAACUUCUAGUUGUUAACACUCUGUAUUGUUCAGAUUA